UGUUUUUCCAAUAGUUAAUAAAGACGACCACUUAACAUUGAUAACAAUGCAAGUUGUUUACAACUAACUCCCAACAUAUCCCAGCAAAUAGCCUGCCUACAUAUCGGGCAUCGUUCGCAGGGCGCGAGAGAUUGCAUAUUGGAGCAGUAAAGAUAGCUCGCCGAGCUCAACAGCUUUCCAACGUUGUCCUGUGCUCUACCACAGAGUGAAGUUUAAAAACAAACAAAAAAAAAAACAAAAAAAAUGUCCGACCUCCGCCAGCGGCCUGGCAAAGGCCCCUCCCGCUCAACGAAGGAUAGAACGGACACGGAUGAAAGUGAUGAGCUAGAUUACGCCUCUACCUCCUCACUGGGCGACGAGAAGACACCUAGCAGUAGUACCAGUUCAAAGCAAACGGAACAGCCCAGACACAGCUGGGCAAUCAGCCCCCUCGAUAUCCUCCGUGUCAUCUUCCUACUCUUCCUCACCUCCUCCGCGCUCUCAUACUAUGUCACCACCGACUCUGUCCUGUGGGGGUAUAAACUUAAGAUUCUCCGCUGGCCUGUCCUGAAGAGCUAUCUCCGCGGCCCCAUACUCCUCACCCCCGCCCAACUCGCCCUCUACAACGGCACCGACCCUUCCCUCCCCAUCUACAUCGCCAUCAACCGCACCAUCUUCGACGUCUCCGCCAACCCGCGCAUCUACGGCAAGGGUGGCGGCUACAACACCCUUGCCGGCGUCGACGCCACGCGCGCCUACGUCACCGGCUGCUUCGCCGAGGACCGCACGCCCGACCUCCGCGGCGUGGAGCUCAUGUACAUCCCCGUCGAAGACGACGAUGGUGGCGCGGCCGAGCGGGCCAUGAGCGCUGCGGCGAAGAAGGUGCGGCGCGAACGGGAGUGGAGGGAGGCGAGGGAGAGUGUGCGGAAGCAGGUGGAGCAUUGGAGGGAGUUUUUUGCUAAUCAUGAGAAGUAUUUUGAGGUUGGGAGGGUGGUUGGGGUUGAGGGGUUGAUGGGGGGCCCGGAGAGGGAGUUGUGUGAGGCGGCGCGGAAGAGUAGGCCGUUAAGGUCGCGGCUUAAUGGUGGGGAGGGCUAGGGUGUUGUUGG